ACUCGACGAGAUUGUUAUUUUUUUUACGGUGAUACCGGUGCACAUGCUAGUGUUAUUUCGAUGUUUUUCUGCGUAACAUAUUUACACCUUAUAGCCUAGCCAUUUGUUUGAAGUAUUAUAGUUUGGAUGCUCCCUUUUGACAUUCUAAAACUGUAUCUGCUGCUCUUCUAAAUCUGAUUGUAUAGAACUUUUGAGUGAUCAUAAUUUUCACCCGAUAAACAAGGAUAUUCUGCUUUUUUCUCCCUUAUCCGCUGGUUUAAAAUGUCCACAAUUCGCCGAAUCGGGAAGGGUUUGGUAGCUCUGGUAACCGGCGGCGCUUCUGGAUUGGGUAAAGCCACUGUGGAACGCCUGGCCAUCAACUGCACCACAGUAUUUGCCAUAGAUCUUCCCGAUUCCAUCCACAGCGUCCACAAGCAUUGGCAUUUCCCGCCGGAAUAUGAUCUGCACUACAGGGCAGCCGAUGUAACUGACGAAGCGCAAGUGUCUAAGGUGAUCGAGGAAAUUCGCGGGAAACACAAAAGAUUGGACUAUCUUGUAACAUGUGCCGGUAUCUUUGAACCACAACCGGCCUACCAUUUUGAUAAGAAUAAGCCGCAAAGCAUGGAUGAUUUUACGAGGACGUUCAAUGUGAAUGUCUUCGGCACAUUUAACGUAAUCCGCUUAGCGGUGGGCUUGAUGAAAGAGACGAAACCGCACAAUGGCAACGAAGAUCGUGGCGUCAUAGUUACCGUGUCCAGUAUUGCACGGGAUGAUGGGCCUGCGGACCAUGCCGCUUACAGCGCCAGCAAAGCAGCCGUGGCGGGUUUGACCGUGCCGCUGGCUCGCGAGUUUGGACCUUUGGGAAUUCGUGUGGUAUCUAUUGCGCCUGGCCCGAUGUACACACCGCUACUGGCGCGAGCCGGACAAGCAGUGGAAAAAUGUCCGCAGUCAACAAUUUUCCCACAGCGGUUAGGCCAACCGGAAGAGUUUGCCAGAAUAGUGGAAUUUAUUCUGGAAAAUCCCUUUGUCAACGCCACGACCAUCAGCUUCGAUGCCGGCUACAGGAACCCGGGUGGAUCAACGUUUUCCAAUAUGUGAUUGCUGCGGUUGACUUAAUUUAUUUGCCGCUAGGAAAAUAUGUUAUUUACCACUUCCAGUUAGACGCGCUUGCCAUUAUCAUUGACAAUUAAGCGGUCAAAAACCACGGUAUUCAAUGCGUUUGCUGUAGCGUACGUAUAUAUGUGUGCAAAAUUUCUUUUAAUUUCCUACUCUAUUUUAAACUUCGUUAAAGAAUUAGGAAAAAGCGAUAAAGAAGCAAACGGAUACAGAAAAGGGACGCAUAAUGUAUGGCACGGUGCACAUAUCUGGUACAGAAUUUCUGUUUUGGCUAUUGUGUCCGAUAUAUGGCAUGUAGGACAGUACGAGUGCUGCAUGUUACAAAGUACUUUAAUAAAAUUACUGGUUA